CGAAUCGAGGCAACAACAACAACAUUCGACUCGGCUUGAGUGCAUCAAGUGACUGAAAUGCCUGCAAUCCAGGGGAAGUGAUGUAAUUGUUCCUGCUUCUCCUGACAAGAGAUAACAGCCAUUUCUCCUGUGCAUUCCUGUAUUCCCUGCCCAGCUGCAGUCUGGCGCCGAGUACUCCUAUGAUUGUCAUCGUGCCAUUUAUUGUGCGCAGAAGAGGUCGGUAGGAAGAUAUACCUUGGUGCAAAGUGCAACGAAAAUCUCCUAAGAUGACUUCAGCGGCAUUUUUGCGGGGAUCCAGCAAUUUUGUGUGGAUAACUACCAGUGUGUUGGGGAAAGGUGCAACAGGUGCUGUCUACCAAGGUGUUAACAAAAACAAUGGGGAGCCAGUGGCUGUUAAAACAUUUAACCAGGUUAGCCACCAGCGCAGUUCUGAGGUUCAGCUGCGAGAGUUUGAAGUUAUUCAAAGAGUAAAACAUGAGAAUAUUGUCAAACUUUUAGCCAUUGAAGAUGAACAAGAUGGUCGUGGGAAAGUCAUUGUCAUGGAACUGUGUACGGGAGGGUCAUUGUUUACAAUUCUCGAAGAUCCCGAAAAUACGUACGGAUUGCAAGAAGAGGAAUUUCUUCUUGUCUUGAGCCAUCUUACUGCUGGUAUGAAGCAUCUUCGGGACAACAAUCUGGUUCACCGUGAUCUAAAGCCUGGAAACAUCAUGAAAUUUAUUGCAGAAGAUGGACGCACCAUUUACAAAUUGACAGAUUUCGGUGCUGCAAGAGAAUUACAGGAAGAUCAGAAAUUUGUUUCUCUGUAUGGUACCGAAGAAUAUCUUCACCCAGAUCUCUUUGAACGUGCUGUGCUCAAGAAGCCUGUUGGCACAGCGUUUGGUGCCACUGUAGAUCUGUGGUCCAUUGGAGUCACCCUCUACCAUGUUGCCACAGGUAACUUGCCUUUCCGCCCAUUUGGUGGUCGUCGUAACAAAGAGACCAUGUUCUUCAUCACGACAAAAAAAGCACCUGGAGUCAUAUCAGGCAUUCAAUUGAGAGAUAAUGGACCUAUUGAGUGGAACAGUGACCUUCCAAGCAACUGUCGACUCAGUGCUGGUUUGAAGAGACUAGUCAUUCCUCUUUUGUCUGGACUGAUGGAGACAGAUCACCAUCGAGUGUGGACUUUCGAUGGCUUCUUUUCUGAGGUCACUAACAUUUUAUCACGUAAAUUGUUGCAUAUAUUCUAUCUGAACAGGGCUCAAACUGUAAGAGUGUAUUUGCAUCCAGAAGGAACAUAUCAGGAAGUCCAGAGUUUAAUCAUGAAUCAAACUGAUGUUGCUCCCAACAAUCAGAUUCUACUUCUAAAGGAUCAGCCUCUUCUGGCUGUUGUGGACGAAAACACCCCUGGUCGUGGAUAUCCCAAGAUUGAUGAAGAAUGUCCAAUUAUGCUUCUGAGUAAGGAUAACAACAAUGUGAUUCAAAUGCCAGAAAACCCUCUGCCGGAUUUUCCCAGUUUUCCAAAUUUGGUCUCAGUAGAAAAUGAUGCCAGCAUAGCCAAAGUUUCUUGUAGUGUAGGACAUGAGUGUAAGAGACGUAUUGAAAAAUUAGCUCAGACAAGCCGGUUAAAUAGCCUUUGUGUUGAAGUCAUGUCGGCAGUUGUGAGCAAAGAUCUUGAAAGAGUGCUUGAACGCAGCGAAAAGCUUCAAGCAUGUUCCUUAUAUGUACGAGACAUAGUAAAUGUAACUUCAAGAUCUCACAAUGCGAUUCGUGAGCUUGAUAGUGCUGUGGAAAAUGAUCAAAUGGCAACAGCUACUGAUUGGAAAACUGAACUGAAUACACUCACUCAAGAACUCAGUGACAACCUAGCUCCAGCAAUCAAGCUACUUCAUGACCGUUAUGUUACUGAGCGAACUCUCCUUCGAGGCUGGUCUGCUGUGUCAAGAGAAGCAGUUUGCCCAUCAGAAGCACGCAUGCCAAACAUUGCUAGGACUCUGGUGGACCGUCUCAGAGAAUCAUGGCAGCAUCUGCUCAGAGACAAAGCUACAAGAAGUCUAACUUACAAUGAUGAACAAUUCCAUGUUCUGGAGCGGAUUAAGGUAGUAGAUGCUGGAAGACAGCUUCGUCUACUACUAGACCAGAAAGCAAGCCCUCCACUAGUUCAACAAGCUGACAACAUGGCUGACUGGUAUAAAAUGGCUCAAACUGUUUUUCUUCAAACUCAGAUAUUAGAAAAAGAUGUCACACAGUAUGAGCAUCACUUGGAGCAAUUUAAAUGUAGAGUUGUUGAAGCAGAUCGCUCUAUACACGACAAGCUCCUAACUAGACAGCUCACUCAAAAGCUUCGAGGUGAAACAAGGAAAGAAAAACCGUCCAAGUAUCCUUUCCGCAGUAAGGAAGAGUCAGUGAAAUUUAACAAUGCUAUUGAACAAAUGAUUAACUUAAGAAAAGGACUGAAUGAUACAGUUGUUGAAAAUAACCACCUGGUUAAUCAACUUCAAGAAAUCACUUCAAGCCUUCAGAUACUAAGUCCUUAGGUAGACUGUUGUGGGUGGAAACUUAAAUUUUGUGGAAAUUCAGGGUUGUUUGUUACUAAGUUAAAUGAGAUUUAUUGUUCUUCUUUUGUUUCUGAGGAAAUAUUAUUAUAAGCUCAAGGUGAGAAGCCUUUUUUUGUUGUUGAAAGAAUGCCUCCAGAAUGGUGGCUAUGAUUGUUCCUCAGGAUACUUGGUUUUUCUCUAGUAUUCAUGCAUCUGUGAUUGUGGAGUGAUAACAGUUUUGGUUGAGAGGUUUUCCUCUGCAGCAAUGGGAAUGCACACUUUGUCCAAUAUUAGAUAAGUUUUGCUGUGACUCCUAUACACAAAGGUCAAUGUUCAUUCCAGCUAAUAUUUCCCAGUUGAUUGAUCAUGGUUUGUUCUUUUUCUUCUUUAGUUUCUGUUGCAAGAAGCUGAUGUGGAUUAUAUAAUUAUUAUAUCCAGCACUUGUAUUGUCUGUUUCUGAUCAGCAUGAUUUAGAUGUCACUGAGGUGGACCCUCCAAAGUCAGUUAAUCCUCUGCUUGUAUUUGUAAGACUAUUAGCAUUAUGUUGUAUUUUGUAUUUUCAUUAUAUUAUCACCUGUGGUACCUAUUUCUUAUUUGUGUUGCAAGUGUGAGAAGUUUUGUACAGUUGCAUCAGCUCUUUACCAAGCUAUGCUCCUAUUUUACUUAUCGUACAUUAUUGGCAUCCUACAAUCUAUCAAAUCCCGGUCCCAUUGUGAAAAAUAAACCAUCAGAAUUUAAAGAAAGUUGAUAUUGUUAUCAUUAUGUAUUUUGAAACUGUGCAGCUAUAAAAAGUUGUUGAAUAAUUUUAAGUUUAAUUUCUUCAAAAUAAAAACUUUAUUUCACAAACAUA